AUGCAUCAUGCUUCGCCUCGUAUCUCGAGACGAGCCCGCGGAGAAGCCUGCCUGUCGGCGGCGUUUGCAGACGCGCCUCCGCGCCCCGCUACACGUGCGCGAGGCAGCCGCAUUGGCGACAGGAUCCAUCCACCGGCGAACAAAGGCCGCGUAGCGUACCCGAGCGACGAGCAGAAGCAGACGUCCGCGAUGGCACGCUGCUCGCGAGGAGUGUCAUCGUCAGCGAGAGGCCGUGGCCGUGCGCGAGAGAUACGCGCGUCGCGUGGAUCGGCAUCUUAUGUCCGACAGGCUGGGCAGAAUGCGACGUCGAGGCGGAGUUGGGAAUGCCAGAAAACAACAUCUCCGUGGGAAGACAAAAAGAACGAACGUUCUGGACGUCGGACGUCGGUGGUUUUACGUGUGGACCGAGGUGCUAAUCGCUGGCCGGUUGCUCGACCGGGCGCCAAGCAGAGUCAGGAGGACACACCGUUCCCCUCGGGUGCCGAGCUCGACCGCGUGCGCGGGGCGGGUGUCGACGAUGACGAGAGCGUCGGCGCACCCGGUGACAUCGCAGAAUGGAGGUGUCCACUGCAGGACAUAUGCAUAUGCCUCGCAUACCGCACGAUCACAAUUUCCUCGCUGACCGUCAAUCACGAUCGUGAUGCAGCGACAUGCAAUUGGCCCCGCCCCAAUUGCAUUUUUGCUCCUCCAAUUUUUCCUAUCUCCACCGAUCUCGGAACGACCACACGUGAGAAAGAUCCUGAAGCGGAUGAAGAGACACCAGCACAGCACCCGCCGGCCGCCACUCUUCCAGAUACUAGGCUGAGCAGGACAGCCUCGUUCGCACGCGAGACGCACUGUGUGCUGUCCAAGCCGGGUCGGGAGAGCCUAGCCAGCUAUGCGGAGACGGCGAGACAGCGAGCAGCGCACCGAUGCGGAGCUGUGCGACCGUCCGGCGCGGCUACGAGGCGGUUCUGCCAGAAGCAAGCGUGA